UGCCAGUUACCAUGACUGCCUAAGGUGGCAAUUUUGGUAGUGAUGGAGGUCUGCAGAUAUACAUUCGAUGAUUGAGUGCAUCCUCGUGUCACUAUGGGAUUCCUUUAAUUUUUCGUCUCUAGUAUGGGUCUAGUUUGUUUAGUAUCAUACGUUCUAAUUGUUUUUCAGGCAAGAAUCCAUCCGCUGCAAAUGGCUUCGGGCAUGUCCAAAGAAAACUGUGCUGCAUUGCACAAGUGCAUUAAAGAGGUUAUUGAUAAUGCGGUUGAAGUUGGGGCAGAUAGUAGCCAGUUUCCUAGUAAUUGGAUUUUCCAUUCCCGCGAAAAGAAGCCUGGCAAGGCAUUUAUUGAUGGGAAGAAAAUUGAAUUUAUUACUGCCGGCGGCAGGACAACAGCCUAUGUUCCUGAAUUACAAAAGCUAAGUGGAAUUCAAGCUGCAAAAGGACAAGGUAUUCCGAAAGGAACUAGUAAGAAAAACAAAGAUGGGAAUGGUGAUGAUGAUGUCGAUGAACCAGGAAAUGAGGAAGAAGAAAAUGCUGGAAGUGUGAAAUCAGGAGGAGGGAUGAAGACAACCACGGUCAAAGGUAAAAAACAUCCUGCAAAAAGAAAGUCUGAUGGACGUGACAAUGACAGCGGUGAUGAUGACGAAAACAAUGACGACAAUGGUGAUAUUGAUGAUGAUGAUGGAGGUCAGAAGAAGAAAAGUCAAGGUAAGAAACCACCUGUAAAAAGGAGGUCCAAGGGAAGCAAAAAUGAAGAUGAUGGAGGUCAGAAGAAGAAAAGUCGAGGAGGUAAGAAGCCUCCUUCGAAAAGAAAUGCAAAGGAAAGUGGUGAUGACCAUGACGAUGUUAGUGAUGGUGGUAAUGAUGAUGAUGCUGAUGACAGAGAUCCCAAGAAGGUGAUGAGGAAAAAACAAACCAAGGUGACGAAGACAUCGAAGGAAAAGGUCGGGACCAGUCAAAAUGGUAAACAGCCAAAGAAGAGGGCCAAAUAGUUAGCUAUUCAAAAUAGUCCAAGGAGUUGAGCCUACUCCGUUCCAUUUUUCAGAAGAAGGGAUGAGAUGGAUCUGCUAUUGUGUUAAUAGUCUAACCCUUUUUGUGAACUUAUUAGGCAAUUCCUUUUUUUGUAAGUCGAUAUCAACCUCAACUGGUGAGGGAAUUAUUUGCGAUAUUUUUAGCAAGUAAACUUUGAUUUCUUAGAUCCUCAAGCAAGAACCCCAUUAUUUUGCUAUGACCUUUUUCUU